AUGCUGUGGCGGUCGAAGGAAGUGCAGGUCCACGCGGUCUCGCGCUGCUUGGUCCGAGUCGUGUUCCAAGUAGCAGGCCUCGCGCGCGCCGCCAGCCGCGAGAUGAACAAGUGUAGUCAAGUCGCCCAAGAGCGUAGACGCGUGAAGACGUCGACGCGCCUCGGGUGGAGGCGAUCGUCAAGUUGCAAGAUUGGAAGAAGCCAUGUGGGUUUUCCACCAACGCGGUCGGUCAUGGAAGGACAAGUCGGUCGAAGGAAUCGCCAUGCCUGGUUGGUCUCCAUAACACUGGGACAAGAAGGUCCAACGGAAAGGUGCUGGAGAGCCAGAGCUGGGAUUGAAGAAGGCUGUGAACAUGGAUACGUGCGUUUGGCUGUUGAGACGCAAGGUGCUCUUCGCAUGAACAAGUUAGGCGGUCUCUACCUCUUGGGUCAAGGAACAAGCUUGUUGGUUCAUAUUAUUUGUGUGUGUUUUGUCAGGCUGGUGUAA